UUUAACACGUGUAUUCAAUCUUCUUUUGGAUAAAAUUUAGCCCAGAUUACGCAUUGAUACAUUUUUUAAUAACAUAUGAAAGUUCUGUCAGAUUGGGUUCAAGUAUUUAGGAGAUUAGCACUAACGAAAAUAAAGAUAAAUUAACAUUUGGAAUUGUAUUGUGUCAUUAGCGAGAGAUUAUUACAAUCAACAAUAAAUAUACAUACGUGUAUAUGAAUAGGCUCACAAUGAAGGCUCUGCAGCUAUUCCUGCUUCUUCCAAUGGUUUGGGCAAAGAUAAAUGUAAACUUAACGGGCACGUUCGACGAAUAUAACCCCGAUUUGAAAAUAUAUGUCACGGGAGAAGAUAUAGCUCUCAUUUCGGAAGAAGAAAUAAAAUACUUUGGGUUAACUGAUGAUUGUUUGAAACUGGGUGUUAAAGAAUACUUUGGAAAAGAACCAAAUGAUGUUUAUCUUAAAAGUCCUACGCCGUGGGGAGAUUUGUAUGAAAGUCUUCAAUGGCAGCCAAUUUAUAGGAUUUUAUUUCCGAAGAAUGGCAAAAUAAUUAAUAUGGCUGUAAAAAAUGUAACAAUACAUCAGCAGACGAUCGAAAACCAUACCAAACAACCCUUUGUAUACAAUGUGGGUAUUAUGAAAACGGUUGAAAAUACCGUCAAAUCAACAUGGCAGAAUGACGGCUUAACUGUCAUCGAUGACGUUUCGUAUGACAUUGACAUUGACAGCGCGGGAACGACUUCGUUCGGAUACACGUCAAAAUGGGGACACGAUUCCGAACAAGGGCAGUUUAUAACAAUCGGAAAAUCUGAGUUAGAGAUUUCUUUAAAGCCUCAUCAAGAAAUUACUGCAAAACUGCAAGCUACCAAGGUUAUACUGACAUUUGAAGUGGAGUAUACCUCAUUUUUGUCAGGAUAUUUGGCUACAAUCUUUGCUGAUAGUCAUAAAGGGCAUAAAUUCUGGGGUUUGGAUAUAGGAGCUAUUAUGGAGAGAAGUAAUUUGAAGAAUGAACUGCAGUCGAAGGAGGAAGUGGAAUUUACGUUUUAUAUUAACUCUAUAAUUAUUGUUCAUGAUAAAGAAUAUGGUGUUAAACUUAUGGAUGUGUCUUGUUGAUUUCUAAUAAAG